AUGAGUCUCAACGCGGUCCAGGGCCAGAGAGCGAAGGAAGGAGAGAGGGCCCGGCUCUUCCCCGCGCCCAUGACCGGCUACAGCAACGGCCGGAGCGAAUCGCCAACUGAUCUCGAGCAACCUCCUGCCAGCGGGGGGCAGCCGGAUGGCGGCGACGCUGACAGCGAGAGCGAGAGCGAUAUCUGGAAGGCCGCGGUUUUCGGCGCCUUGGAUGGCGUGCUCACAAGCUUCGCGGUCGUUGCGGGUGCUUCGGGUGGGGGGCUUGGCACACAGGCGGUGUUGAUCGUGGGGGUUUCCAGCAUCGUAGCGGACGGGCUGAGCAUGGGGCUCGGGGAGUACCUCUCAAGCAAGGCCAUGAACGAGUACAUGGAUAUCGAGCGGAAGCGGGAGGAGUGGGAGCUCGCGAACCACAGAGAGGGAGAGGUGGAGAACAUGGUGGACACGUACAUGCGAAGGGGCAUGUCCCGGGAGGACGCCCAGGAGGUCUCGGCGAGGCUCUCCAAGUACGACGACUGCUUCGUGGACGCGGUGAUGGUGGCGGAGGGGGUGGGGUCCUCCAUGUUCGCGUCGCCCCCGCUGGACGAGGCCGGGUCCAUCCGCGAGGGCCUCGUGACCUUCGGGUCGUUCGCCCUCUCCGGCAUCGUGCCUCUGCUGUCGUACGCGCUGUCUCCCCUGAUCUCGGCGAGCGGCAGCAGCGGGCAACCAGUGUCUCAGGGGGUGCUGUUCUUGUGGGCCUGCCUCCUGACCGCGGCCGCCCUCUUCUCGAUUGGGGUCGUGAAGUCGACUUUCGUUUCGCGCUCCUGGUUCGGAUCCGGGAUGGAAACACUGGUUCUCGGGGGGUGCUGCGCGGGGCUGGCGUACGAGAUUGGCGCGGCCGUGUCUAGCUGUGUGGCGGGUAUGUCGUGACGGCAAAGAGGCUUGUGUGUAGGGGAAGGGGGGUGGUAGGGCAAAACACGCAGCGUGAGGAAUAGUGCCUGUCGCAAGGACGUUGUUGAUCGAGAUAUAGACACACGACGGAAGGAAAGGGGCGCGCGUGAAGGACAGACCGGGGAGCAGGGGGUUUGGGUUCCGAGAACAUGAGAGCACUUGUAUUUUAUGUUUCCCGAGAGAAUGUAACUUGCUUUACAUCGUACCGUUGGAUGGACGUAGUGGGUGUGUGUCAGAAGCGGGCUCGAGAGCGCAGUGGUGUUGGGGACGGGGGCGCGUCCUGGGGCAACAUAAUGGGGGGGGGGGGGGGGGUCCCGCAUUCGAGCUUUUGUCGGUGGGGGGUGGUUUCGGGUUGACGCGACAAGUGUGUGUUGUGCGCGCAACUCGCGAUUGGGUUCGGUUUUGUUUUUUCGGCCGGCGAUUCUUGCUGUGCAUACAACGAUAGUUUGUUGGUUGGGGGAGCUGUCCGGGCGGUGCUGCUAUGUUUUUGUUCCAGAUUGUUUAUUGUUGUGACAUGUUUUUGUGCCUCGAGAAAGGUAACCCUUUAGUACGUACGCCAUUGGUUUUGUCACAUUUUUUUUUUUCGUCUCAUGUGGUUUUUGUCCAGCCUUAGCCGUGUUUUUCUCCCUGGGGGGACUGCAAGGCACGAAGACUAAUCAUGGGCGGUGUUGGUGACUACACUGUCUGGGUUGUGUCGGCUGUGUUCAGGGCGGGGUAGGGACCCAAAGGGGCAGGGUAAAUCAAUAUGGAACCCUCUGCCGUCGCCCUUUGGUUGUUUUAGCUUUUCGUUCGAUGGCGGGUUAAACGUUUUUUUUCUUUUUAUUCUUUUUGUUUUAGACGCAUGCUGAUUGGAGUAUUUUGUUUUUGCUUGGGGUGUUUCUUGCAGGUGGUAUGCGUAGGUGUCUUUAAAUGUUGUGUUUGCGCUAGCUAGUUGUUUUGCAUGGUUUUGCUUUACUAAUAGACCACAACGUUGUUGGAUGGUGCCGACUUGUCAUCGAUAUGCAUUUCUAGCCUUCCUGUCGAUCAUUUGCUAUUUCUCUUUGGAUGACGUUCUUCAUUAAUCCAUGAUCUUCCUGCAAGAACCAUAGAUUUUGUGUGGCCGUGUGGAUAUUGUCUCGAGGCACGACAAGCCAUGCGAAACGUCCAAAUCCAACCGACUUUUACAUUAUGCAAAGAUGUGUAGCGUCAGCAUCAGCAAGGUUUGCAAUAAUAGCAGGUGGGGAUGGUUGGCGGAUACAUACAUGUUGUGGUGUCGAUCGCGACGCAGGCGUCCCGUGGUGCUUGAGACUACAUACGACUCGCGAGCGCGACCAUCGCGUCUUCCGUUUGUUCGGUUGCAACCGAUCGAAGGAAAAGCACCGCAGGAGAGGGGCGGGAGGGAGAGGAACCCUUCUGUGUGACCACGGAUUGGAGCUCUGUGUGACCGCGGGUUGGAGCCAGCUCCUGGCAGAAAAGCUGUGUGUGGUGUCAGCGCUGAUUAAAAAAGUGAUGACCUAAUAAUACCAUUUAUCUGCUCCGUAGUUUUGACGAAUGACUUCGGCGACGAAAGCGGAUGUCUGUGUUGGGAGUCGUUUCGUAGCGGUCCAGGAUGGUUGAGCGUUGUUGGUAGUGAUCGAUGCGGAACGGGGCAAGAGAAAGCUGUUGUUGUUGUUGCACGAGAUCACAUGCAACCCCUGCGUGUAUGCCACUCGCCCGUUUAUCUUUAAACGAGCGUUGCCACAGAGGGCUUGUUGGUGCCUGUCGGGGCAGUUCAUUUUUUUUUCUUCUUUGAUAUAAAACAACAAGGACUUCAACAC